UAAUCCAAACUCAAUCAGGGAUAUACUUUCCCAAACUAAAAAAUAUAAUAUAUUCAAAUACUCAAUUGUACUGCUGGGUUCUAAUCAGAGUGGGUGUGUGUGUGUGAAAAUGGUUGAGGGAAUUGGAGUGGGAAAUAGAUACUGGGUAUUGAGACAUGGUAAAAGCAUUCCAAAUCAAACCGGUCUCAUUGUUUCAUCCAUGGAAAAUGGGACACUCGAGAUAUACAAGUUAGCUUCAGAAGGUAUUGAUCAAGCACAAUUGGCUGGUGAGCUAUUCUUAAAGGAACUGAAGGAAAAGGCCAUACCUAUCGAAAAUGUCAGAAUCUGUUAUUCUCCAUUUUCAAGAACCACUCACACGGCCAAUGUGGUUGCUUCUGUUUUAAAUCUUUCUUUAGAUGGACCUCAAUGCAAGGUCUAUGAAGAUCUUCGAGAGCGUUAUUUUGGUCCUACAUUUGAACUUCAAUCUCAUGAUAAAUACACGGAAAUAUGGGAUCUUGAUGAAAUAGAUCCGUUCAUGAGGCCAGAAGGUGGGGAAAGUGUUGCUGAUGUUGCCUCCAGACUCACAAGCGCCUUGAUGCAGAUUGAGUCUGAAUUUCAAGGAUGUGCAAUCUUGAUAGUCAGCCAUGGUGAUCCAUUGCAAAUCCUACAGACAAUAUUCAAUGCAGUUCGCGAACAAGCAGGACCUGAUGGUGGUGAUCUGGUAUCACGAAUAGAGGCAAUCAAAGUUCCAUCAGUCCUUUCGCAACACCGUAAGCAUGCACUGCUAACUGGACAACUACGAGCUGUUGUGUAAAUUCUUCCUUCAUAUUAGGCGAGGCAAUAAUAUAUGGCUAAUAAUCUACCAAGGAUAGUUUAUCUUAAUUAUUAAUUCUUGAUGAGGAUCAAGUUGUGAUAAAUCAUCACAACUCAUUGAUAUAAUCAUUUGAAACUUGAAUGAUUCUGAAUCGACUCCUAUUCAUGGAUAUUGUAUCACCAAAUGCUCGCUGUACUCUUAUGAAGGAUUUAUCGUUUGGUUGCUA